AGUGAAAUAUGGGUAUGCAAUCUAGUCUCAGGCUAUAAUGUAUACUCUCAUUGCCAAGAACUGAUUGAUUGUUCGGGGAAACAUGGACUGAGUUGAUACCAUUAAGUAGUACUUAUCAUAUUAGAAAUAGAAAUGUAGCAUGUAAAUGGUUGAAUAAAGCGCGCUUUGUGACAGAAUUCCUCACAUUAUGAUCGAAAUCAAUAAAUAUAACUGAUCACUUGAUAUUGUUAAUAUGUUACAUCUGCAAACUGUCCUGUUGUUCCUUAUUGUCCAAACAUGUAUAUGCUGGGAAAAGCAAUAAAUAUAUUUGGAUCACUUGAUCAGCUCUAUUUUACCAAAUCAUUUUGUUACAAAUACAUCUUGUAAUCUUCUGAUUUUAGUUGAAACUAAGUAUACCUAAAUAACAUGAAGAUUUGUGCUACAAUUAGAGAAGGAAGAAGCUGUCGGGUAGUAGUUACACAAUAAAUCAUCUAACUUCUUCUCUUCUUGUAAAGCUAUUGAAACAUUUAGCUUCUUGGCACUUUUUCUGUUAAGACUUGCAAACCAAUAUCUGGUCGUUGUAAACCUUAUUGUUGCCAUCAUUUGAAAAGUAGGACAUUUCCUUCUUAGAUAAGCUCUAACGAAAAUUUGUGGCUUUAUGGAUCCAGAAGCAAGUCUCUCUCUGCUAUCUACAUGUGUAUUCAUAUAUAUGUACCUAUAUAAAUACAUUGUAAUUUUUGCACUUUGUCCCUUUUGGUGCUAUUUCAAGGAAUGAAUAGGUGAAGUUAUUAUUCUCGUUAACCUUAUUCUGAUCAGAAAUUGACUGUUUAUAUGAUUCUUUCAUUGGAUGUCUAUUCAUCUAUUUUAUUUUCAUAUAAAUAGAAAUCAGAAAGCUCUAUGAAAAAAUCAUGGUUCAAUUCAAUGUUACCAAAGGGGAAAGUAAAAUACAGAUGUUUGUUGGAUAAAUUAAUGGAUAGUUUUGGUCUUAUUGAAAAUACUAGUAUAAGCGAAGAAUCGGCUAAAAAUGAUCCGGAUAAAGCAUUGAUAAUUAUAUUUAGGGUGAAAGUUCUGGUUAUUUACAAUAAUGUUGAUCAAUACUUGACAUCAAGGACAUGUUGAAUUUCAUCUCAGAUGAUACCUUUUUAGUUACAGAUAGUAAUAAAGAGAUUUUAUAUUCUUGUUAUUCCAUGUUUUGAGAUUGGAAAUGAUUAUUCUUUUUUAAUUGAACUGGAAGUUUUUUUUUUAAAGUUAUCAUAAUUAUAAUUAUAUGAAUAAUAGAUUUAAAACUAACUCCUCUGAUCUGUCCAGAUGUGAGUGUUUUGCCUCCAGACUUGGCAGUAAAGUUGAAAGAUAUUCCUGUUAUUCCAUGUUUUGCUGCUAUGUUAGCAUUUGCAGAACCUUUAUCCUUGAUACCCACAAAAGGAUUCUCAUUCAAAAACUCUAAAGUUUUAAAUUGGGCUUAUUGUGACAGUAGCAAGCCAGGGCGUUCCACCACAAGUGAACGAUGGGUAUUGCAUUCAACUAUGGAAUAUGCUAGGAGUGUAAUUGCUCGAACUGGAGUCGGGAAGCUUUCAAUUGAGACAUUAAAUGAAGUUGCAGAAGAAAUGUUCCAAGAAUUUCAAGACUUAGGUCUUGGUGUUUCUAAACCAUUUUUCAGCAAAGCACAUAGAUGGGGAAGUGCGUUUCCAGCAGAAAGCAGGGCAAAAGAGGAGAAAUGCUUGUGGGAAAGGGAGAAGAGACUUGCAAUUUGUGGAGAUUUCUGUGUGAGUCCAAGUGUUGAAGGUGCGAUAUGCAGUGGACUAGCAGCUGCCUCAAAACUUGUCGAGAUUCUUAGUUGCUUAUAGUGGUUAAUACUCUUUUCUUUGUAAUAUUACCUGUACUUACAAUUCGCCUUCAUGUUGCUUUAAGUUGAUUUUAUUACCUACUUACCCGAAUUGUAGUUUUUAACAGUCUUCAAAUUCCGACAGAUAACCCUGUUAUUUAACCA